AUGACCAUACCCACAGCCAAGGAUGCCAGCAUGUCGUCGUUGAUCCGCCACCCUCAGUCCACAUCAGCCAUGUCGACAGCAUCGUCAUCUCCUCCACAUGCUACAUUCCCCUCCAUCAACAACCCAUCUCCAGUCACCAUCAUGGAAAUCUUGCUUCACAUUGCCUCAUUCCUCAACACCAGCCUCGAGGUCUACUCCCACAAGUUCCCUAAGUUCUGCGGUCCAGACCCGACUGACGGCGACAACCCCCUUUUUUUCCCAAACCUCGCGGUUCUCAAGAUCGACACGCACUAUAACAAGGCUUACAAGGACCGCGAGAUCUUCUCGUUUAUGGAACGACACCAGGCCACAAUCACGAACCUGACCCUCUCUUCUUUCCACACGGUCGAACUGACACUGAUCCUGGCCCAUGAGUUACCAUUGUUGACUCGCCUCUCGAUUAAGAACUGGGAUUUUCAUGGUCUUCCGAGUGUGUUCAUGGAUAAGUACCACACUCUCUGGUCCCGAGUCUUGUCUCUCUCUCUGUACGAGUUUAAGCUCUUUAAUACGGAAUACGAGGCGUGGAAGAACCUGGGUAUGGCCACUGACCUGCUGGAACAAGCACCACCGACAAAACUCCAAGAAUUGAUUAUGAUCACGAAUGAGUAUGGAACCGAUCGUGCGCAGAUUCGACUGCAACUUCUCUUCAUCCUCAACAGCCCUAAUCUCGUUCGUCUGGAAUGGGCUACCGUAUGUGUAGAGUGCGAUUCCGAAACCUAUGAGGACGUAGAAGUCGUCGAAGAAGGACCCAUGGCGCAGAUGGCUCGUGUGAUCAAGUCUGGUAGAUUCUAUCAAGGACGACAACAACAAUUGGAAUCCCUUGGUCUAGGUCUGAGCGAGUUCAGGAUUCAGGAUCUGGAUAUCAUUCUCAACUCUUUCCAAUCGUCCCUGAAGGAAUUAUCUCUGAACUCAACCACUUUCGACGAGGACUCCUGGACGCUCAUCAAGGAUCACUAUCCUGGAUAUCUGUCUACGGUUACUGUUCUAAAUCUCGAUGAUUGUUCACUCCUGAAAGGGUCCCAAGUUCAGGACAUUCUUUGUUCAAUCACCAGCCUUAAGGUUUUCAAAGCGGAUUACAUCAAGGAAUCAAAUCUUGAGCGUGAUCGUGACCGUGGCCGGUCCUGGGUCUGUUUAGGUUUGAAGGAGCUUUCGCUGGGCUUUGUACGACAGACACGCCGAGAGAGUGAUCGUGGACAAUACCUUUUUCUGGAACAACUCUCUCGACUGUCGAGACUAGAGGUCCUGAACCUGGAGAAGUCUACGACUGAAUCCAAGAUUGAUGAAGAUGAGGAGGUGGUGGGAGUUGAAGGCGCCGCCGUUGAUGAAGAGCCAGAUCGACGAAACCCUGUCGUUGAUGCCGAUUCCAAAUGUCAGAGGAUCUUGCUGCUAACUCUGACCGAGGGUCUGGACUGCUUAAAGCCCCUCCGACGACUGAGAGAGUUGGAGGUACCCAGGAACCACCGAUGGGAUGGCGGUAAACAGGGUUGCAAGCGCUGUGUCUGGACCGAGGCCGAGGCUCGAUGGGUGACGCAUAACUGGGCUGUUCUCGAAAAGCUGACCAAUAUUCCCAUGGCAAAGGAGGUCAAGCAGAUUUUGGAAGAACGAAUGAGGAUCUCGAGUUCUGAGAUUUGA